AUGUCUUCUUUGUCCCCAAACAUUGAGACCCCAACUAUUCGGAUCGAUGACCUAACAACCGACAAUGAGGAACCUUCCUGGGAGGUUCACACACAUGAAGACGAUGCUCUUAUGUUUGUGCAGGGCACCUGUCACGAUACGAGACAUCUUCUAUCAGAAGGCUUUGUAUCUGAAGGCCAUGGCAUCAAAGCUCUCCAAGGCACCUACGAUGGCUUGAACCGUGGCCAUCCAGUAGGCUAUACAUAUGAAGGAGAUGGGAUUCUACCAAUUGAGGGCCCAUUCGAAGACCUUGGGGACCUCCUAAGGUCUUAUGAGAUCCAGGGCGUUGAUGAUACAUUUCUGACCUACAAGCUGUUGCGACAUAUUCUGAAUAAAGACCGGAUUGAAGCAGAACUCCGGCGUUCAAGUCCUCAACUCAAUCAGCAACAAAUAAAAAAUUGCAUCAGUUUAAUCCUGGGAACUUCAGAAGAAGCGAAAGUCAAGGGUUACUUACGAAUAUUCGCCAUUCUCUUACUAAUCGAUCGCCCUGGCGACAUCGAGAGUUUCAUCAAUAGUGGCUUUAAUGAUCGCAGGCUGCCCAUUGUCAUACGACCAAACCCUAUAACACUCCUGCGUAAGCGGGCUUGUUUCCUGGAUUGGGGGUCUGCGGCGCUCGAUGCCUUUCUGACAUUUCAAUGGAGAGUUACCACCCCAUUCUUUGACACAACUACCAACGGAAAAGUCCUAAGCCUGCCAUUGCAAACAAGAAAGCCAUGGCAAAUAUCUACAGUCACUAGAGGCAUGGCGAAAGAUGAGCCAGUACAGAUGGCUGGGGCCUAUGGCACAGUCACUCGUGUCGACAUACAUCCCACUUCUCACGCCUUCCAAGAUCUACUUCUUGGAAUUAAUCUUGAGUGUGCAAAAUUCGCAAUUAAGACUCUCCACAAUUCAGAUCACAGGGCCAAAAAGGAAUUCCAGGAUGAAUGGAACAUGCUGCAACGCUUCAAUGGGCAUGUUCACCCUCAUCUUGUGACCGCACUGGGGGCUUUUAAUCAAGGUGAAAAAUGGAGUUUUAUAUUUCCGAAUGCGGCUCAUGAUCUAGAAGACUAUCUCGCUAUUGCUCAGCCGCCUCGCGGUCAGGACGGCGCCUGUUGGGUUUCUAAACAGAUCUUAGGCCUUACAGGUGCGCUUCACACCAUACACAACCCUGAGCAUUUGGUCACAGAUACAAAGCGAUUUGGUCGGCAUGGAGAUAUAAAACGCGACAAUAUCCUUUGUUUCCAGCGAUCUGGAACAACUGCUGAGAUGAUCCUUGUGAUUUCCGAUUUUGGACUAUCUGCUUUCAAUCGCGAUACCAGUCGGUCCAACAUCCCUAACAAGAAGGUCCCCCCAGUCCCAGGAUAUCGACCGCCCGAAUGCGAUAUUGAAGGCGGAAUGAUUUCUCGGGCCUUUGAUAUCUGGACGCUGGGGUGCCUGUUUCUUGAGUUUAUUACUUGGUUUCUUGGGGGCACCGAGUAUGUCAAUCAGUUUUGUGAAGAAAGAGAAACCGUCUACAUUAAUGGGACGUUGAACGACAUAUUCUUCUCAUUCAAGAGAAGUGGCCAGAAUGGAAGCCUUGUUGCUCAAGUGAAGCCAGAGGUAACAGAGGUGAGGUUCCUUAACCGAACCCCGAAGAACAUGAUCAUUCUAAUACUUCUAGUGGAUAUAUAA